AUGGCCAUCCGACCUUUACAUCACCCAAGGAUAAUCAAGAAGCACCCAAAGAAAUGGCAUCGUCACCACAGUGAUCUGUACAAACGACUCGGGGACAAAUGGAGGAAACCAAGAGGUAUAGAUAACAGAGUUCGACGGAGAUUCAAGGGGCAGGUUCGUAUGCCCAAAAUUGGUUAUGGAAGUGCCAAACGAACUCGUCAUAUCCACCCUGAUGGCUUCAAGCACGUUUUGAUCCGCAAUGUUAAGGAGCUGGAGGUAUUACUCAUGCAACAUCGCACUCAUGCUGCAGUUAUCGCACAUACUGUGGCAAGAAAAAAUCGUGUCAAAAUUGUUGAGCGUGCCAAACAACUUAGCAUAAGAGUUGUGAACGCCAACGCUGGCUUGAGAUCCACUGAAAAUGAGUGA